AUUUAGUCGGCAGCCAAACCGGUGUCGUUUCAAGUUUUUCCCCCUACCGAGUACGUAAGAGCAGUCCGCUGAGCUUUCUUGCUUCCGUAGUUUCCACCAUUUCCGAUCCGAUCUAGAGAGGGUAAAAUAUCUGCUCCUCCCCAGUGAAAAUUCAGAAUUAUUCGGCAAAUCCUAAUUCUUGAGCUCGGACUGCUGUAAUAAUAGCUUAGUUUAUCUGGAAAAGAGAAAUAUGGUUUAUCACUCUAGUUUUGUGGAUGAGGAAGGAAUGACUAAAGCUUGCGGGUGCCCUCUGCUCCCUCUGAAAAGCCAUAUAAAGGGCCCUGCUCCAGCUUCUGAUCAAGAUAGAACCGAUAUUGUUGAUGAAGCCAUCACAUUCUUUCGCGCGAAUGUCUUCUUCCGAAACUUUGAUAUCAAAAGCUCAGCGGAUAAACUCCUCAUCUAUUUGACAUUGUACAUUAAUGUGGCUUUGAAGAGGCUUGAAGGCUGCAGAACUUUGGCUGAAGGAACCAAGGCCAUCAUCAACUUGGGUCUGGAAAAGGUUCCUGUCCCUGGGGAGCCUGGUUUUCCUUUUCCUGGCCUUUUCCCCCUUCCUCAGUCUCAGAAGGAAGCAGAGCUGCUGAGGAAUUAUUUGAAGCAGAUCAGGGAGGAAACAAGUGGAAGAUUAUUGAGUGUUGCAUAUAGACCCAAUGGGACUCCAAAUAAAUGGUGGCUGGCUUUUGCGAAAAGGAAAUUUAUGAAUGUCAUUGCGCCUUGAAGGGUUUGCUGUAAAUGCUCCAUCUAGUGACUCCAUAUGAUGAGUUGUGGAAAAUACCUGCGCGGUUGAUCUGUGAUAAGAAUCUGAAGAGCUUACCAGGGAGAAUGCUUGCUUCUUGUGAGCAGGUAUGAAAUGGGUAAGGGCUCGGUUAUCCCUGCAAGAACUUUGAAUCAAGUAAUCGAUCUAGGGGGGCAAUCAUUUGUUAUAGUUUGUGUAAAUGAUCAACUUCUUUAUUUUUCUCUGACGAUUUUCGUUGUCUUGCCUUGUAUUUUCUCUUCCUUCUCAAUGCUGCUCUCUAGAAUAAUUGCUUUAUCUGUUAUUGAGUUGGUAAUUGAGAGACAUUUUGGGAGUUA